AUGUGGAUGAGUUUCGAGACAGUUGUUAAAAAUUUGGGACUUCAAAGGCAGAUUCAACGCAAGUCAACAAAUGCAAGCUGGGUUGGCGAAGAUGAAUCACCAACUACUAUUGUUCGUCGAGGUAAAUUUGAGCCAAAAAAUUUAUUUUUUAUUUUCUUUAAAUCAAAUGGUCCUGUUUUUAUGCAUGCUGUUGAUGAAGGCAAGACUAUAGAUCACAACUAUUAUAUUGAAAAUUGCCUCAAGCCUGUCGUGAAGGAAAUAUGGAAACAAAGAAAGUCAGCAGGUACAAAAGGUAUAAAAUUGCCCCAAGACAAUGCUCGACCCCAUAUUCAUUCCGAUGUUAUUAAUUAUUUAACAGAAGAAGGUAUUAUUACAAUGUCGCAUCCACCAUAUUCACCUGACCUUGCACCAUGUGAUUAUUGA